UCCGUUCCUAAAAUGAAUAUUAUUAUUAUUAUUAUUACUAUUAUUUAAGUGGGUGAGUGAUCUCACGGAGUUGAUCACGGUGAGGAUAAGUGUGAGAUGAUGAUAUCAAGAAUGGUGCGAUGAUAAAAGUUGAAAGUGGAAAUUAGCUCUGGCUAAUCAUCGGCCGGACUCGAAUCAAAAUUUGUAAAUUUCGAUAUUCCAGUCGGAAUUGCCAUGUGUAAAUGAGUAAACUGGAUUCGUGGAUGUCGAAUUAUAAGAGGAAUAUUUUUCAAAGAUUGGAAUGGUUUAAAAAAAGACAUUGAUCAGGAUUCUCUUUUUAACGAUUCUUGUUCAGCGAUGGUAACGAUUACCCGAUACGGGAAGAGCAACAGUGCUAGGUAGAGUUAUUCGCACGACACGGUCGAGGAUGUUCAGCUCGUUGAGACUGACCAGCAUGCGCUCGCACAAAAAUCGUGCCAGGCCAGGAAGCGUGGCCACGUCCGCCAGUUCAGACUCAGCUCGACCAGACGAAAUCUUCCCCCAGUCCUAUUAUCCGUACAGUUUUUUGCUGUUGGAUGACCAAGAUACUCCCGUAUCCACUCCUUCCAGUGUAUCCUCCAAAGUUGCCCAAGUGAGGGUGGAGCGUGAGGGGGGAAGUCUUGGAGUUACCCUCAGAGGCGGAGUUUCCAGAGCUUUGGUGGUCACUGGAGUGAAGUCCGAUGGGCCAGCGGCCAAAGAAGGAAGGGUCAGGCCUGGGGACAGAUUGUUAGCCGUGGAUGACACUGAAUUGAGGGGUCUGACCUUAGCAGAGGCUCAAAGAGCGCUCAGGAGGAGCUCUGAUGCUCCUGUAGCUUCUUUGACUAUUGAAUACGAUGUUGCUAACAUGGAAGAAGCUAGGGCAGCUACUUCUGGCCCCUUGUUGGUACAACUAGAACGUGGACUCUCGGGAGAAUUAGGGCUGACGGUCAGAGAAACGCCAAACGGUGUGUACAUUGAAAGUUUAAGACCAGCAAGUACUGCGGAUCGUUGUGGGGCUUUGCAACCUGGCGAUAAACUGUUGGCAGUGGACGAAACCCCUGUCCAGGAUGCUGUGACGGCUGCCAAAUUACUCAGAAAUAAUUAUGAUUCCCGCAUAGCUAGAUUGCAGAUCUUACCCAGACCUCCCAGUGCUUCUCAGAGAACGGUGAAAAGGAGAGCGCAACCGCAGGCGCAGCAGACUUCCAAUCAGACUUUGCAGACUACAGAAAGCCUGACUGUAGUCCUAAGACCCGAUCAUAAGGGAUUUGGUUUAGCUUUAAAGCUCACCGAGGACCGUUUAAAUUAUAUUGUUAGUCUGUUAGAAGCUGGAGGCCCGGCAGAACGCAGUGGAGUACUCCUCCCUGGAGACAAAGUGCUUGCAAUUAAUCGUAAAAUGCUUCGAGAUCUUCAACCAGCUGAGGUUACUGGUAUCUUGGAAACUUCUCAAGUAAUGGAACUGGUGAUAGAAUACAAAGUUGGUGGACCAGUUGUACCCAGUUCAGGAGUAUUCACAGUGCGAGUGGCAAGACCUGUGGGCGGCCAGCCCGAUGUGGGUCUCACAGUGAACGAAGAUUUGAUCAUUAGCGAGGUUCGCAAGGGAUCUUUAGCCUACAGAACUGGCAGCUUAGCACCAGGAGAUAGAUUAUUAGCAAUAGAUGGACAGAAACUGGAUCCUGGUGACCUCCGACAAGCCGCACAAUUGUUACAUCGACCAGGAAGCUCCGUUAUCUCUUUGACUGUGAGAAAACCGAAUCCUAUUUCAGAAACAAGGGAGUACUGCAAGGACUCGAUCAUAGGUAGCGACUCAGUGCAACAAUAUUCUCCAGGAAUUCUUCGACCGGCUAGAGAGAGUCUACCAAGCGUAGAUAGCGCAGUGGAUUCUUGGGGAGAACUGGGAGAGAAUAAUGGAACAGGUCCAGAGAUUCUAAGGCUCUGGGACACGGCUUCUGUGGAUAGUGGACAAUUGGAAUUAUCUAUGCCUCCUUAUCCUGGACCACAAGAAUGCAAUAAUCCAGAUAGACCACAACAAAUAGUCCAUGUCUCUUUGCAUAAAGACCCAGUAUAUGAGGACUUUGGCUUUUCAGUAUCUGAUGGUCUAUAUGAACGUGGAGUUUAUAUAAAUCGUCUUCGACCUGGAGGACCGUGUGACGGUGUUUUAAAACCUUAUGACAGAAUUCUUCGAGUAAACGAGGCUAGCACGGAAGAUUGUGAUUGUUGUUUGGCUGUUCCAUUGAUUGCUGCGGCUGGUCCACGUUUAGAUCUCACCAUAGCACGAUCAGUAUCUCCUCCUAAUAUUAUAAAAACACUGUAAAGGAGAGCAAAUCAAAGUGUAAUGUGGAAAAUGGUGGUGAAUAUAUCUGGUAUAUUUUUGUACACACCUGUAUUUUAUUUAUAAAAAUAAAUGUAUAGAUUGCUUUUA